AUGGGCAAGCUCAUCAAGACCCACUGGUCUCGACUUAUCCUCCUCACAGCCAGCACAUACCAGCUAGCAGCAGCGAUACACGGCUACUUCUGGCCCAAGAUAUUCUGGGAUGUCCUCACCAAAAAUCUGGAUGCAGCGGUCAAGCCAUAUCCAGUGCUGCAGUCUAUCAACCUCUUCUUCGCAAUAAUAGCUCUGGUCAUGGAGUGGCCUCUACCACUCGUCACCAGAUUCUUGCCCAGUGUGCAUAGGAGUAUCGAGGCUAGAUUGGUCAUCUAUCCACUUGCGGCCCUAUCUGCACUGUUGUUAUACCAGGGCACGAACGCGGGUCUUUAUUACCUGAUAGGCAUUGGGGUCUUAUUCUGGGGCUUUUGUGAAGGAGAAGGAAUUGCGCCAGAACCGUGGACUUUACCAAAGAACCCAGCUCUAGGAAGCAGGGUAUAG